GUAAGAAGUUGCAAGUUACAAAUAAUGGAUACGGCUACACAGCCUACCCUUAUUCAGCGGUUCAGCAGGUUGCACAGCGAUGCACAGCCGCCUUACCUAACAAUUCAUAGCAUUUCUCAACUCUACUUACACUUCAGCUCGGUACACUUAAUGAACUAAUCCAACUAUUCAGCAUUGUUCCUCGUUCAGCUCGUUCUUCUGUUUUUGUCAUAGUAAAUUUACAUACAUCUCUAACCUUUAAACGGCCCGUCUUUGCUCGUUGUGUUUUCUUGUAACAGUCGUCCGUUUUUCCUUGUUUCUAUCGUUUUAGAAAUUUAACAAUUUAACAAUCUACGAACCCAAAAAAGAAACAAUCGUUCUUCCGUCUGUCCUGUCGCAUUACCUACUCUACUCUUGGCUGGCCAGAGAAUCCGAAAGAAAACCAAUCAUCACCUAAAUCCGUACACGAAACCUCGACAUAUCGAACGCUGUACAACGCAAAUAUGCAAUUCGCCGCCCUCUCCCUGUCUCUUUUCGCGGCCUUCGUUGCGGCUCAGAACUCCACCUCCCUCCCGGAUCUCGUCUCUCAACUACCGUCAUGCGCCGCGGCCUGUCUGUCUAGUUCCGCGAAGAGCGCCGGGUGCUCGGCGGAGGACUUCACCUGCCUCUGCGGGAACAACAAGGACAAGUUCAUCUCCAGCAUCACCGGCUGCAUUGCUCUGUCGUCCGGGUGCUCCCAGAGUGAUAUCGGAAAGCUCAGCACCCUCGCUCCCGAGAUCUGCACCGCCGUAGCGGCGAACCCGGACGCCUCUGCCGUUGCGUCGGCAUCCAAGAUCGUCAGCUCCGCCAUCGGCACUGCUUCUGCCACCUCGACUCCCGGCGCCGCCGUCAGACCCGAGGUCGGAAUGGGACUCUUCGGAGCCGCUGCCCUAGCCGCCUUCGCGCUGUAAAGCCCCCGAGCGCACACCAUCACAUCUCGAUUUAGAUUUCACGAUCAUUGAUGACCCAGGAUUAGGGCGGGUGGUUGUAUUUUAGAUCAUCAUAGACUGGUAGGAUGGGUCGCUAUCUACACGGUUAGGAAUAACUCGGGGAUCAAGGACAUACUAUAAGAUGUCGGUUUGGGGUUUAUAGGAUUUACAUAUCGGAUCUUGGAUGUCCAUGAUCCAUUAAUACACGUACAUACUGUGUUUCUACCAUUGUAUUUCGAUGCCUACCUAUUUGAGUGAAUAAUACCUAAGGCUUAGUUGG